AUGACAAGCAGCUUAGGCAAGGAAACUCGCAGACAAUUGGCGCCUUACCUGAGGAUGGACAGGAUGGGAAUUAACAGUAUUGGCUUUCUCCGCCUUAAUAGGUGUUGCGCAUCUUAUGGCCGCAUUAUCUGGAAGAACAUGAUGGCCGAUUCAAUGAAUGUCCUCUUCAUAAAGAUAUCGUCGAGAUUCAUCAUUCAGAUGAUACGGAGGUUUGUUCGGAAUGAAUGUAAAAUCAUAGUAAGUCAUAACACAGUGGCGGAAUAA